CCCGGGACCGCGCAGCUGUCAGGAACCAUGACUGAAGAUGACGGAUUCUGUUGUCGUGGAGGGAUACGCCAGACUCCGAGACGGGAAAAAGUGGAAGACUAGGUGGCUCGUGCUGCGGAAGCCCUCGCCUGUCGCAGACUGCCUGGUGCUGCUGGUCUUUCGGGACAAGUCGGAGAAGGCUCAGGGCGGCAGGGAGCGGGCCAGCGUGACCCUGGAGGAGAUCUGCGGCCUGGAGGCCGGGCAGUGGUACGAGGGCGUGGCCUUCACCCUGGCCGUGGUCUGCCUCGGCCACACCGCCCUGCUGGGCUUCGACGGCCGGGACGCCCUGCAGGCCUGGGACGCCCGGCUCCGCUACAGCCUGGGAGAAGUCCACAGGUUCGCGGUCGGGGUCCUGCCGGGGACCAAGUUGGAGAGCGGCCCCGCCACCCUCCACCUGUGCAACAACCUGCUGGCCCUGGCCCGGGACGUCCCGCCCGCCGUGGUGGGCCACUGGAGCCUCCCGGACCUGCGGCGCUAUGGACCCGUCCCCAACGGCUUCGUGUUCGAGGGCGGGACCCGGUGUGGCUACUGGGCCGGCGUGUUCCUGCUGGCGUCGGCCGAGGGCGAGCAGAUCAGCUUUCUGCUGGACUGCGUGGUGCGAGGCCUGUCCCCCAGCCGGGGCCCGUCUGGACUGCGGCCCGUCCUGCCAGACCCCAGCGCCAGCCAGACGGUGUCGGAGGAGAAGCUGAACCACGAGGCCGAGGAGCUGGAGAAGCGUCUGAGCAUGCUCUCCCACGGCAGCAGCUCGGCUUCGUCCUCGUACUGCCCCGGCCCCGGGGGCGACGACCGCAGCAUCUCCGGUUCCUCCGACACUUCGGACACCAGCCAGUCGGACGGCAGCGUCGGCAGCCGGCUGGCCAUUUGGACCGAGCCGGCCUCCAACCCGCCCGAGGGCGCCGGCCUCGCGGGCGGCAAGGCGGCGCCGCAGACGGCGGAGAAGCUCUCCGUCGCGCAGGGGGCGGGAAGCCGCCCCGCCGCCAAGCCGCCCCGGCAGCUCCAGGACAUCGGCCGGCAGAGUUCGUCCGACAGCGGCAUCGCCACCGGCAGCCAUUCCUCGUACUCCGGCAGCUUCUCGUCCUACACCGGCAGCCUGGACACCGCCUCCGGGGAGGACUUCGGCUCCGUCUUCAACCUGCCCCCUCACUCGGGUCACGACCUGAGCCCCUGCUCCUGCCCCGCCGCUCACGGACACGACUACCAGGUGCCGACGUCCCUCCGGUAUCUCUACGACACUCCCAGGAGUCUCCUGCAGGACGACGAAGCCUCCGCCGCCGCCAAACACACUCCUCCUCCUUCAAGUGUCUCGGCAGAGGCCAUCGAAGAGGACAGAGGCAGUACGGCGCCCCCCGAGGGUCACCCUGAGAGACAGUCCAUCGGGAAAUCUUUACGAAACCCUCCAGAGGAGAGUAAGAGGGCCAAGGCGGCGCCCUCUAGUGACUCCUUUCAUGCCUGCAGCUCCGUCACGUCUGUCUCCAAAACCAUAGUGACCGUGUGUUCGGUGUGCGGCGGAUUCAAGGGAACACCGCACACGACCUCCAGCUCCUCGGCGAUCCCGGCCAUCCCCGACAAACGGCUGAACGGCCGAGACGAGAGGCGCAGAGCGGAUCCUGCGUAUGAGAUCAUGGAGAGCCGGGUGCCGGAGAGGACCUCGGAGGCAGAAGACAAGAAGUACGAGCUCAUGGGCAGCUACGGGCAGCAGAGGCUCCUGCUGGAGUCUGAAGGGUCGGUGUUCGUCUUCCCCCCGGAGGCGCCGCUGCUCGACAGGCCGCGAUCCGACUGCGUGACCUACGUGAAUAUUCCCAUCAGCCCCACGUCCAAGAAGCAGCUGAACUACAUGGAGCUGGAGCUGCAGGAGCCGCCGCCGCACGGCGCCGCCAGGGGGACGGCGGCGCACCUGCCGGCCCAGAGGAAGAGCUCCACCAAAUAUGUCCAGAUCGACAUCGCCGCCACGGAGACGGCCCACAAGGUGGGCGCUCAGCACGCGCUGGGCCGGCAGGAGGGCCUGCACACGCUGGAGCUGAGGAGGAAGGCGACGCCGCACUGAGUCGUCCGUCAGCGGAACCCUGAACUCAGGAGGGGGGGGGGGGGAAUUUUCCCAGAAUGUAAACCGCAGAAGAUUCAAACUGUGGGAUUCCUGUCUGAAUACAGAUCGUUUCUUAUUAUUCUUUUUAGUUUUUUUUAAGUUUUGAAGUAUCUCACACCGCGCCAUCUGCUCGCCGUCCUGUAGUCACUCUUCAGAAAAGCCUCGGCACGUGAUCAGGGACGGCAUUUCAGCCUCGCCGCGCUCUGCGAACCCCGCCGUCUCAUUAAAUGGCAUCAUGUCAGCGCCGGGGCCCCCGGGCGAACCGGGACGGAGACGUGCCAGUCCCGAGCUGAGUCACCGGCUGCCGCUGAAGCCCGGAGCGGCGGCAUUUCACAGCUCGCCACGGCAACAGCUGUCUCGGAAAAGCCAUAUAUCGGAGAACACAUUGAGACUUUGUGCUUUCGUCAGUUUGGGUGUUGGUUAUUCACUUACUGAGAGCAUCAGUCAUGCUUUCAGGCCCCGUUUCCAUGACAACGCACUGUUUUUAGUGUUUUCAUUUAGUGUCCGUCUACACGGAAACAGCAGAAACGCUGAUGAUGAUGUGGUUUUCAUGUUGGGC